CCUGGGUCACCUAUGAUCAGCGCCUGCCCGGAUUCAGUCAUUCCGUUAAUCUGCGCGCAAUAUAAAAGCCUCAAGCCAGGCGUUCUAUUCCAUCGGUUAAUACUAGUUCGUUCGUUCUCAUCCUGCAAACCUCCAACACUUGCUCUGAACUUCGCUAUUAAUUGAAAAUUUUCUUUCCAAAGCCUACGCAUACCAGUCCACGCAUCACCAUUUUUGAGCGCACUCAGAGAUGGGAGGUUUGUUCAGUCGGAGUCGACCAGAAGCGCCGAGUCCAUCGCUUGUCGAUAUAAAAAAGCGCCAAGAAGCAGAGGCAGCGGCUGCACAAGCACGCAAGGAUGCCGAGGAUGCUAGGGCCCAGAUCGCCCAGCUCAUCCAGUCGAAUCAAGAAUCGCAGCAAAAGGCUAUGGAUGCUCAACAGGAAGCCAUGCGAGCCGCGGCAGCCUCGCAGGAGCAGACACACAAGGAAAUGAUGGCGAUGGUACAGGCUGAACGAGCCGCUAAUGAAGCCCGCAUUCUGGCAGAAACUGCUGCUCAUGCCGCCAGUGAAGAAGCAAAACAGAGAGCGGCGGAAGCAGAGGAGGAGCGGAAGCGAACCGCCGCCAUCCAAGAACAGGCCAGAAAAGAUGCACAGGCUGCCCAGGAGCGGGCCGAGAAACUUCAAGAGGCUGCCAAUGAGGAGAAGAAGAAGGCGACUGCCGCACAAGAGGCGGCCGAGGCGUCGAAGAAAAUGGCCGAGGAGGAAGUAAAGGUGGCUAACGCUGCCAAGGAGGAGGCUGAACACAAGUUGAAAACAGGCAUUCAACCUGUGGUAACACCCACAGAGGAAGAAGUUCGUGCCGCCAAGCGGAAAGUUCAAUAUCGCGAGGACCUCUUCCACUUCGCAGUAGCCGGGGUGGCAGGAGGAGGAAAGUCUUCCCUCAUCAAUGCCUUCCGCGGCUUGCAUAACAGGGAUAGCGGAUCUGCUGCCACUGGUGUCACCGAAACGACGCUGGCUAUGGCAAGAUAUGCCAACCCUAACGCGGAAUACCCAUAUGUCUGGUACGAUGUCCCGGGCGCAGGCACGCUCAAAAUCCCAGACUGGCAGUACUUCAACGCACAAGGACUUUACGUCUUUGACUGCAUCAUAGUCUUGUUCGACAACCGCUUCACCAUGACUGAUAUCGCCAUCCUCACCAACUGCAGGCGUUUCAAGAUCCCCACGUAUAUCGUGCGGUCCAAGGCAGACCAGCACAUCCGUAACAUCAUGAAGGAUUUAGGUUACGACAGCGAUGAUGAUGAAGAGGACGAAAAUCAGAAGAAGAAGCUCUAUCAGACUGCACGGCAGCAGUUCAUCCAGCAGACUCGCAGGAGCGUGAAAGAUAACUUGGAGAACGCCAAUAUGCCAGAUCAGAGGGUUUACAUCGUUUCGAACGAACCCAUGCUCGGGGUCAUAAAGGAAAAGCGGCCAAAGAAGGUCAUCGACGAGAUUGAGCUGUUGAACGACUUGAUUGGGGAAGCCCAGACCAGGCGAGCGCGCCGUGAUGCUGAAGCGGCGACUGCUGCGAAGGACAAGUAG